AGCCUAUCUCCUAGCUCCUAUCUCUCUUUCUCAUUCAAAUAUUUUACAACUUUGUUCAGCAAAAGUAAGAGGAAAUCAAUCUCCAAAUGGCUAGAGCAAGCUCCACACGUUCAUAUGAAGAUUUCCAACCCUCUUCCAACUUGUUGAGAGAGGAGGAAGGUGAUACAUUUGUGGUCGAUCUUCCUGGUUUCAGGAGGGAUCAACUGAGGGUUCAGAUCGAAAGUCAUGGUAACUUGAUGGUCAGUGGGGAGCGUCCCAUUGCAAAUAAUAGGUGGAGUAGAUUUCGCAAGGAUUGUCUCAUCCCAAAGAACUGUAAUGAGAAUGAGAUUAAAGCCAAUUUUGUUGAUGGUGUUCUUUACAUUAAAAUGCCUAAGUCAAUAACUCAAGUUUCUACACAAGAUCAAGCCAUGCCAAAGCAACAAGCACCAUCAAAUCAGAAAACUGAAAUUGAGCAAAAGUCUGAGAAGGUAAAUGGUGGUGUCACAGAUCAGAAAACUGCAGAAGAUGCUAGGAAUGAAAUCAAUGGCAUAGAUGAAAAACAUGGAAGCUCUGAGCCUAGCAAUGGUGGGAAGGUGAUUGGAUCAUUGGAAAAUCAAGUAAUUGCUCCUCCAAAACAAACAAGUUAUAGGUUUGGGAUGGGUAUGAUGAGAUUCAGGUUUAAGAAGCCAAGAGGAGUGAUUGUGAAUGUUGCAGUGGCUAUUGUUGUGGCAGUGGCUCUAGGGAUUUAUGCUAAGUAUAGACUUCAACAUUCAGCAGAAGCUGAAAGCUAAAAUAGUUAUUGUACUCUUAACUAAUUUCAGUCCAUGUCCAAGUUUCUCAUCAAUUGGUUCCAUACUUUGUUUGAACCCAUAAGGGUAUUACGGAAGUUAAUGAUGAGAUUCACUAUUCCAGGAUUCUAA